AUGACGCGGGCUGGGGGGGGCCUCGCGCCCUUGGGGAGCCUGGUGCUGCUGAGCCUGUGCGCCUGGACCGGAGCCAGGACAGCGGCACCCGGCCCUGUCAGGAACCUGACCGUGUGGAAUCAGACCAACAGCUCCAUCAGCCUGCGCUGGGCGCCCCCGGGAGACCCGAGCCCGGAGAACCACACCUACUGGGUCAGGUGGGCCGGAGAGGGCAAAGAUGAGACCCGAAACACGACAGACGUCACUUACACGGCGGAGGGACUCGCACCCGCGUCCCUCUAUGCGUUUUCCGUGUGGGUGGAGGGAGGUGGAGCCAGCAGCCACCCCACGACCCUCAUUGCCAACUCAGCCCCCAACCCCGUCGGGGACCUGACCGUGGAGAGUCGGACCACCAGCUCCAUCACCCUGCGCUGGGAGCCGCCCCACGGCCCCAACCGGAGCUACACCUACUGGGUCCAGUGGACGGAUGACGGUAAUAAAACUGGGACCCAGAGCACAGCAGACACCAGACUCACCGUGGACGCACUGAAACCCUGGUCCUCCUAUGAGCUCGCCGUGUGGGUGGAGAACAUGAACAUCAGAAGCUCCCGGACCCUUCUCCGCACGGCCACAGGCUUCCUGGGCCGAGCGGGGAAGGAAGGCCUGCACAUGAGGCCCCAGAGACCACAGCUGACACCCCCUCCUGUCCCCUCCUCAGCCCCCAACCCCGUCAGGGACCUGACCGUGGAGAAUCGGACCAACAGCUCCAUCACCCUGCGCUGGGCGCCCCCAGACACACAAAGCUACACCUACUGGGUCCAGUACCCGGGGGAUGGCAAGAACGAGACCCGGAACUCGACAGACGUCACGUACACGGUGGAGGGACUCACGUCAGCAACCUCGUACCCGUUCUCCGUGUGGGCGGAGAGGCACGGGGUCCCCAGUGCCGCGCAGACCCAGGAGGGUUCCACAGCCCCCAGCCCCGUCGGGGACCUGACCGUGGAGAGUCGGACCACCAGCUCCCUCAGCCUGCGCUGGGGGCCGCCCCACGGCCCCGACCGGAGCUACACCUACUGGGUCCAGUGGACGGGUGGCGGUGGUGAAACUGGGACCCGGAGCACAGCAGACACCAGAGUCACCGUGGACGGCCUGAAACCCGGGUCCGCCUACGAGCUCGCCGUGUGGGUGGAGAACAGGAACAUCAGCGGCUCCCGGACCCCUCUCCGCGCGGCCACAGUCCCCCACGCAGUGACGAGUCUCCGGAUCGGGGGCCGGACCACCAGCUCCAUCGCCCUGAGCUGGACAGCUCCCCAGGGCCCAGACCAGCCUCCCUACACCUACUGGGUCUCCUGGACCCUGGAGGGCGGGGCUGCCGCUGGGCCCCAGAGCACCCCGGAUACCAGGAUCACCGUGAGCGCCCUGGAAGCUGGGAGCCUGUACACCUUCACCGUGUGGGCGGAGAGGAACGGGGUCAACAGCAACAGAAAGACCCUCUUGGUGGCCACAGCUCCCAACGAGGUCACAGCUCUGCAGACGACAACUCAGACCAACAACUCCAUCGCCCUGCAGUGGGAGGCCCCCGCCGACCCCCGCGCUCAGCUCUACGUGUACUGUGUCCAGUGGGCCGGUGGGGGAGAUCCCCAGAGGGAGGCAGACCCGAAAGGACACAAGGUCGACCAGAUAGCCAGGACCAGUGAGACUUGGUAUGUGGUGGAGGCCCUGGAACCCGGGACUCCAUACAACUUCAGCGUGUGGGCGGAGAGGAGCGAUGUAGCCGGUUCCACACAGAGACUCCGCGCAUCCACAGCCCCGGACCCCGUCACCAUCACCUCCUGCACCAGCAUCUCCAGUGGCUACGGGCUCACCCUGACCUGGACCUGCCCCCCGGGCGGCUACGUGGCCUUUGAGCUGCAGGUGGGCGGGCAGCAGGGCUCCUGGGACAGAGCCUCCUGCGGGAGGGGCGUGUCCGUGUGGGACCUCCAGCCCGCUCAGUCCUACGUAGCCACCGUGAGGACCCUCUGGGACGGGCUGCGGGCCCCAUCUGCCUCCGUGACCUGCCACACGGAGAGUGCAGGCGUCAUCGCCGGGAGCAUUGUCGGGGUCCUGCUGUUCCUCACCCUGGUGGGCCUGCUGGUCUUCUUCCUGAGGAGGUAUAUACAGAGCCGGGAAUAGCAAGCACUCAUGUG